AUGGGCAAAGAGAAGAAGUCAAAAAACAGGAAACGCUCACGUUCCCGAAGCCGCGAUGAAAAACGGUCAAGAAAACGUCACAACUCGUCGUCCUCCAGUUCAAGUGAUGAUAAUAAAUUGGAGGUUUGUAUAAUUGAAAAUUAAAUUUAAUCGAAAACUAAAUUUCAGUCCAAACUGAGCGAUGAGCGAUCGAGACGUAAAAAGGAGCGAAAAUUGGAAAAGCAGAGGUUGAAGGAUACUGAAACGGCAGAGGAGCGGAUGCUCCGGAGAAAAGAAAAGAAGCUGAAGAAGGUUUUUGGGAAAAUUGUUUUUCAUUUUGAUUUUUGCUUUCUCAGGAUCAAAAAAGAAAAGCGGCGGUGGAAACUUCGAUUCCCGACGAGUUGGCCUACACGAACCUGAAUAAUCCGUUUAAUGACACGAAAUUGACGGAAACCUUCGUGUGGGGCAAGAAGUUGGAGCGUGAGGGAAAGUCUCACUUGUCGAGGAAGGAAAUCGAGAAAGAGUUGGUUUUAUUCAAUUUUUUUUUUUGUUAUUUUUAUUGAUUUUGUUGGCAUUUUUUUAAUCUGGUUCGUUCAAAAAAAUUAUUUCUGGUUUUUUUAAGGAGCACAGACAAAAUUUUGAGAAGGUCUAGAGGCGAAAAAAACUUAUUAAAAAGUAUCGCCAGGGGUUUUUAAGAAAAUUCGGUCAAAAAAAUAUAAUUUAGAAUUAUUUUUUAGCGGAAUCGGCCUCAAAGUUUUUUUGAAUCAUUUUAGUUUAAAAAUUUCCAAGGUUUAUUAGGCAUUUCUGGAGGUUUUUUUAAGGUUUUUGAAGCUUUUUCCCAAAGGGAUACAGUCAUUAUGAAAAAAAGAGUCGAUAUUUGAACUUGAUAAACUAUGAAAAUAAUGGGAAAACAGGCAUUUCGGGCCAUUUUUCUCUUCCUGGAAUAAUUUAAUAGUUGUUUUUCGAUUUGAAAAACUAUUAAGGAUUUAUUUUUCUCCCUCAGAGCCCGGAAACGGAUCGAAAGGAAUCUCCACGAGGCCCAGGAGUUCAAAAGGGUCAGAGAUGCCCGACUAGCGGCUCGUGAGGACAUGGACAUGAUGCAAAGGGACGCCGACCGACGUGAAGUCUCCAAUUGGGACUCCAAGGAGCAGCAGUUUCAGCUGGAUCAAGCUAAGGUAGCUCUCAAGUGAAAUAUGGAUUUUUUGUACCUUUUUUUUGUUCUCAGGCGAACCCUGGUAAGAUGUAUAGAAGCUAGAAGGUCCUGGGAAAGCAUUUGAAAGGUGUUCGGAAGGUAGAUGGAAGGCUAUAAGAGAAAAAGCUUGUUGAAAGGCUUUCGGCAGGCUUUUUUUCUGAGUAGAAGGUGUUCAGAAGUUAUAUGGAAGGCGUUCGACUUUUUGCUGGAAAGCUUCCGAACCCCUUCUGAGGGACCGAAAGCAUGUCUUCCCAACUUUUACCUGAGUUCCAAAAUUAUUCGAUAGGACUCUUCAAAAAUAUACUUCAAUUUUUUUGAAACAGUCCAAUCAUAUGUUUUCACCCGCUAACUGUCAAAAAACAUCACCUAAAAAGCACGUAAAUGUCACUUUUAAAAUCCGAAAAAUUGAGCUUUUGUACUGACCAAGGAAUGGUCUUUGGACGCAGUGAGACUUUUGAAUGAGACCAUCUUUUCUAGAUGUAGCUUUUCUCGUAGAUUUCAAAUCAGAUCUCAAAAAUCGCCCAACACGUCGGUGAAAAAAGUUAGGAACUCUCAAAAGACGGAAAUUUCGGUGUCUCGAUUGAGCUUAUUUUUGGAGGGUAUGUACAGUACCGCCCAAACGGUUGUGAACUUUUAGUUUUUUUGGGCCUAACUUUUUCCCUAAGUAUAGAUAUUAAUCUGAAAAAUUUUUUUCAGGACUUUUUGUAGGAUUAAAAUGUAUACUCAAAAGAUUUCACAGAAAAAAAUAUGCAAGAAAAAAAAAUUUUUGUGUCAUUUUUUUCGAAAUUUUUGUAAAAUACGAAUUUUCCGAAUAUUCAAUUUAAACCCCGAUAACUAAUCACAGCUUGGCACCGACGAGGCAUUGAGUCCAUCAAAGUAUCGAUGACCGAAACUAUCGUAUACUAACCCAUUAAGCAGUCUUUCGAAGCUCGAGAAAAGAUUUCUUGAAGAUCGGUUGUUUUUCCAGCGCGCUAGACCUGAAAAACCAAAAGUUCACAACCUUUUGGGCGGUACUGUAGAUCUAGUCUCUUUGGUUACAGAAAACCAGUAUUUUUCAGGAAAAAAAAGUUGGAGCGAUCAUAUGACUUUUCAAAAUUUUCUGUAACCAGAGGGACAAGAUCUACAUACCCUCCAAAAAAGCUCAAAUUUCCGACAUUUGAGAGCCCCUUACUUUUUUCAAAGACGUUUUGGGCAACUUUUGAGACCAGAUUUGAAAUCAGGGUGGAAAAUUACAUCUAGAAAAGCUGGUAUCAUUCAGAAGUCCCUGGUGAACAAUGUCUUUUGCUUUCUACAUCUCAAAAAAUUUAGUUCCACCUAUCUCUAAAAAAAGAAGGAUUUUCAUCCUCGGAAAUAAAAUUGAAAUAUUCUAGGAACGCUCAAGGAUCCGAAUCGCACAGAACCGAGCGAAAGCUAUCGAUAUUUUGUCGAGGUAGGCCUUGAAAUUCUCAUUUUUCCCAGUAACAGCCAUUAUUUUCCAGGUAUAUCCGGUAUGGUGAUGAGGAUAAAACCGACGAGGAGAAGAAAAACGAAGAGGAAUUUGAGCUGGAAGACCCCUUGAGCUGUUUGAAGGACCUGACGUCGGACGAUUAUGAGGACUUGAUCGAGGAUAUCAAGGUGAGAAAUGGAAAAAAAGUUUUAUGUCUUGUAAUUUUUUCUGCUGUUUUCAUGAGCUUCAAAGUUAACCAAAAUAUGAAAAUUUAAUCAAAUUUAAAAAAAUUCCAAUUGAAAGAGGUUUCAGUUUUUUUCGCGGUGAGACUCAGAAAAAAAAAUUUUUUUCAAUAAGAACUCAAGUAUCUAGGCUUCCUCAAAAAUGCGGCGAAAAUUCAAAUUUUCGCUCUCUUUCUUAGAUUUCGAUUUUUAUUCAUAUAUUCAUUUUUUUCGGAAAUUUCUAGCUCGUUUUGUUUCUCUGAGCUCAUUUUAUUGAAUUUUGAUUGCAAGUUUUUUUGUUCCUUCCGUAUAUUUUUUCUUGAAACCCCUAAAAAUAACUUAAGUGUUUACUUUAAAGCUAUCAGAUUCAUUAGAAAUUUCAAAAAAUGUUCAAAAAUCCCGAAAAAAAACAUAAUUCCAGGUCUACCGCCGCCUGGAAGACGACAAGCACAUGAGCUUCUGGACCGACUUCCGGACGAUCGUCGACGACGAGCUCAAGAAGCGGCGGGAGGAAGACGGGCGUCGCGAGGGAAUCCACGGCUCCUUGAAGACGGAGGUCAUGGCCAUGUUCAAGGUAUGA